AUGGAUUUAGGAUCUGAGUUAAAGCCACAUGAAUUAUCAUCUGCUGGUGCACUUCUUGAUCUUAAAGUCCAUAAUGGUGCCUCAAAUCUUGAACUCAAUCUUUUUAAUUCAACUUCUAGCAUGAAAAACUCGGCUCCUGCUAGUGAGUCUUCUAAUGAGGCAACGCCUAAAACUAGGGUUUUUGCUUGCAGCUUCUGCGAGAAAAAAUUCUCCACUUCUCAAGCCCUAGGAGGACAUCAAAAUGCUCAUAAACCAGAGAGAGCUUUGGCUAAAAGGCGAAACGGACUUGUUGAUGUUGUUUCUCCUUUUGGCCCUCCCAAUUAUGACCCUUACUAUAAUCCCUACUCAAGUUACACCACACAUUUGCCAUUUCAUGGUUCUUUUACUAGUAGAUCAUCCCUUGGUGUUCAAGGUUAUUCUUCCGCUAUUCAUAAGCCUUCUCCCUACAAUCCAUGGUCUUCUUUUUGGGGUUAUAAUUAUCGAUUUAACCCCGAAAAGUGGUCAUCAUCAAGCUCAUCACUUUUUAGGACAGAAAAUAAUCUUGGAAUUGGAGGUGAGAAUUCCCUCAAGUUUGAGAACAAAAAUAGUGCAAAGGGUUUCAGCGUAAGGGAUUCACCAGUUAAGGUUGACGAUAAUCGUGGUGGAAAUAACAAAAGGAAGAUGGGAUUGGGAGAGGAAGAUGCAGAAAAGAAUGAAGAAGACACCGAGAUUGAUUUGGAUCUAAAGCUUUAA